AUGGCGUCCACGCCCUCCGCCCCCUCCUCCGCCGUCAAGGCCGCCGCGGUCCUUCCCGUCCCGCCGACGUCCGCCGUGGCACUGGUGUCAGUAGUGGCGCGGCAGCGGCGCGCACCGGUGCCGGCGGCCCGCCUGCGCGCCCUGCAGGGCGGCAACGCGCGGCGUGGCGCGGCGCUGGUGGCGUCCGCCGCGCUCGAUGACCUGCGCCCGGCCAUCAUCGACGCCGACCACCGCGCCUACCUCGAGUCCCAGAUCGUCACCUCUGGCCAGAUGAGCCCGGCGGCGAAGCUCACCGACGUGAUGUCGCGCCCCGUGCAGGUGGCCACGCCGGGGCAGCGCCUCGCGGAGGUCGAGGCAUUCUUCGCCGCGCAGCAGUACUCUGGCCUGCCCGUGGUCGACGACGACGGCAGGUGCAUUGGGGUCAUCUCCUACAAGGACAAGGCCAAGGCGCCCAAUGGGAUGGAGUCAACUGUAGGUGAAGUCAUGUCAUCUCCUGCGAUAACGCUAACACUGUAUAAGACUGUCUUGGAGGCUGCAGCGCUAAUGCUUAAGGAGAAGGUUCACAGGAUACCGGUUGUGAAUGAACAGCACUACGUGAUCGGAAUUGUGACUCGCUCGGACGUAUUCCAGACUCUUGAGCCCAACAACAAAGCAUGA